AUGGACUGGUUUGAUCUCCUUGCAGUCCAAGGGACCCUCAAGAGUCUUCUCCAGCACCAUAGUUCGAAAGCAUCAAUUUUUCAGUGCUCAGCCUUCUUUAUGAUCCAAUUCUCACAUCCAUACAUGACUACUGGAAACACCAUAGCUUUGACUAUAUGGACCUUUGUCAGCAAAGUAAUGUCUAUGCUUUUUAAUAUGCUGUCUAGGUUUGUCAUAGCUUUUCUUCCAAGGAGCAAGCAUCUUAAUUUCAUGGCUACAGUCACUGUCUGCAGUGAUUUUGAAGCCAAAGAAAAUAAAAUCUGUCACUGUUUCCAUUUUUUCCCCCAUCUAUUUGCCAUGAAGUGA